AUGAGCUUCAAGAGAGCCAGGGCAGAGCAGCAGUCCGGGGGUUAUGGGUUGGAUGAUGCCUGGGUCUGUGAUGCAGAUAGAGACUUAGAGGUUCAGGCUGGGGCCAAUUUCCGGAAGUUGCUACUCGAGAAGUACACCGACGGUUCUUUCACUGCUGCUGACACCUGCCUUCUUGCUUUCUUUCACACAGCAUCUGGUGGCAUCGGAGCUGAAGAUCUCGGGCUCGCACCGGAGCAAGCUUCCCGACACGGCUCCGAACACUUGAGGUGCCACCUUCGCAAAGAGUUUUCAGAACCCCAUGUGCAAUGGAUCAAAGUGCCCAUGAACACCAAGAAGUCAAUUGGAAGGCAUGCUCCAGAACCUGAUGUCGCCAAGUUUCUUGAAAGUGAUCGCACGCUGGGCGACCUCUAUGAAAAGCAUCCCGAUGUUUCAACUCUUCACGACGACCUCAGACUGGCCAUCGUGGAUUUCAAAGCCGACUGGCCAGCUGGCUGGUCGCAGGAGGUAACAAUCUUGAAUGGGGAGAUGCAGAAGGCCAUCUACAGGAUAUUGGUGUAUCGUAGCAAGAGAGGGCAAGCUCUUGGCCGAACUUUGCAACAAGCUUUUGAACCACUGGGCCUCCCCAAAGGAGCACGAUUGGAGCCAAGCGCCCAAGUUCCUGAUGUUGGACUCUUCGAAACACUGGAGUGCCCGUUCGUUUGCCAGUUCUAUGUGGGGGGUCCCCAUGGUAGGGUGCUACACGACUCACCUUUCCUGAAAAUCCCGGGUGUCGAUCUAUCUACUUGGUGCAUUGAUUUGCUACAUUCCUGGCACUUUGGACCUCUAUCAACUUAUGUUACAGUGACUUUACAACACCUUUUGCAGUCUCCAAUUUGGAAGUCAUCGAUUCCGGGCUUAGACAAGGACGAGAACAGCAAGCUAUCCCUGAUGGCAUUGAAAGCAGAGUUGUGGACCCACUACAAGAACCGGCGCAACCGAGAUCCGAAUUGGAAGAAGAAGGGAUCCGAGGUUUGGAACCUCACUUUGAACAUGUUGUCCGACAAGUACCUUAAAGCCAAAGCAGCCGAAACCCAUGGUCUGUUAGGUUUUGUUCUGGAGAUGUUGCAGAAGCAUGCAAGCACUUUGUCAAGCACUGGUACCCAGCAAGAUCAAGUACGGUUUCAGUUGCUCACACAUGCUGGGGUAUCUGCUGAAGCUUUCGAUGGUGUUCUUGCUUCGCACGAGCGAAAGAUCGAUCAGAGUGUCGCCGAAGACCUUUUCAGCCACUACAAUCGGUUCAUUGUUCUUUGUGAUCGGGCCGGCUUGCCAAUCUUGCCCAAGGCUCACCUUAUGUACCACUGUGUGCAGCGAUCGCCUGCAAAAGGGAACCCUCGUUUGUACACGACUUACGUUGACGAAAGCUAUAACGGAGCUAUCGCUCGAGUCUGUCGCUCUGUGCACCGGAGAGGUUGGGCACUCGCUGUCUAUCGUAAGCUUGAGAUGAUUGAGCAGAUGCAGGCCAAAGCCGAGGAUCCCUCUUGA